UCCGGCGUGUGCGUUCGGCGUCCUCCCGCCGCGGGAUGGCGGCUCUGAGAAGUUUGGUGUCGCGGAGCGUAACUUAUUUGUUCAGGUACAGGCAGUGCGUUCCGGUGCUGACUAACUCCAAGAAACGCUGUUUCUCAGGAUUGAUGAGACCGUGGCACAGAGCUCUGGUGGCUGGCUUCGGUGCAACCCUGUGUGCAGUUCCCAUUGCUCAGAAAUCAGAGCCUCAUUCUCUUAGUAAUGAAGCAUUAAUGAGGAGGGCUGUGUCUUUGGUAACAGAUAGCACUUCUACUUUUCUCUCUCAAACCACAUAUGCAUUGAUUGAAGCAAUUACUGAAUAUACUAAGGCUGUUUAUACGUUAAUUUCUCUGUACCGACAAUAUACAAGCUUACUUGGGAAAAUGAAUUCGCAAGAGGAAGAUGAGGUGUGGCAAGUGAUUAUAGGAGCCAGAGUUGAGAUGACUUCAAAACAACAAGAAUACUUGAAGCUGGAAACCACUUGGAUGACUGCAGUUGGUCUUUCAGAGAUGGCAGCAGAAGCUGCAUACCAAACUGGAGCAGAUCAGGCCUCUAUAACUGCCCGGAAUCACAUCCAGCUGGUGAAAUCUCAGGUGCAGGAGGUACGCCAGCUCUCCCAGAAAGCAGAAACCAAGCUGGCAGAAGCACAGACACAAGAGCUGCACCAGAAAACACAGGAGGCAGGGCAUGAGAGUACUGACCAGGAGCAAGAAGCCUACCUGCGUGAAGAUUAAGGGCCUGAGCCUGCUGCCCUGUCCACCUACUCAAUGGGGAAAGCAGGGGUGGAUACCACCCACCUAGCAUCAGCAUAACUGCAGAGAGGCUGCAGGUCCUGCCCUGGCCCAUCAGGCCAGAAGCCUUUGAGCUGUGAGUGCCUGAUCCCUUUCCCUACAGUCUCAGCUUUUCCUGGACCUGGUUCUUAGCCCCCAGGCACUCUACCCUGUUUAACGUUGCACCCCCUCAGCACAGCUGCUCUCUCUCCCUGAUCUUUAAACAAAGUGGGCCAGAGAGAGGGGUCCUUUUCAAGUUCAAUAGCUAUUUAACCUGUUUUUUUAAUCUUACUCAGAUUUUCAAAUACAAUUUAAAGCUCUCUCCAUUGGGAUAUGAGUUUUGGAGAGAAAGGGAGCCUAUCCAGUUAGAUUUCUUUUUAAGCAUUUGUAAUACCUUCUGACAGGCCAAGGAGUCUUACUAGGAAUGAAUGCAGUGUUCACCUGGUGCUCAAUAGGACGUACCCUACCCAUGCUGCUUGUUUUUUGUUCCUUCUUUGAGUUCCUUUUAUUGCAUCCAACGGAGAAUUUUUG